GCGUGUGGGGAAAAUUAGAUCGGGCGGACGGUGGAUAUCAUGGGCAGGUGGCAAGGAGCAGACGAGCGCAGAUUGGGCUUUUGUGGAAUCUGGUGGAAAACUAGGCGAUGGAAUCUAUCGGUCGAGGCUCAGACCAGAAAGACGGUGGCAAGCUGGAAAGCUCUGAGGCCGGAAUUGGGUGCCCGCGCCUCGACCAUCGUUCCGUCGUCGAGGUUUCGAGCUCGCUCGUUGGAAAGACCAGCGAACUAGGGACGGGGCUCGUCGAGGGGUGGAGGGUCUAGCUCGAGAUCCAUCGCUUUAGGCGAGGAGCAGGCGGAUUGGCAGCCAUGGCGCUGCGACUGCCUUCGGGAGCAGCAGCAGUGGGUUCUGUCACUGUGUCGUCGCAAGAUGCCGGCGGAUUCUCAAGGAUUUGUCCUCAGUUGCGAGCUGGGUCUUGUACCUUUAGAGGAGUCGGGAAUUGGAAUUGUGUGCGAGCUGUUGUCGAUAACACUCCGAAUGUCAAACAACGAGCCAAGCUUGCCGCGUCCAGAGUUGAGAAGGUUGUUAUCAAAGAAUCAGAAAAGCCUCUAGCGGAAUACAUGAGGUUGCCAGCAAGCCAGUACUCCGUAUUGGAUGCAGAGCGGAUUGAGCGCGUUGAUGAGAAUUCUUUUCGGUGUUAUGCUCCUCGUCUGAAGUUUUUCAAUUUCGAAGUCGGGCCUGUGCUCUUGGUGCGGGUGGAGGAGCAGCCGGACGGCUGCUGCAUCAGACUUCUGUCCUGCACUCUGGAAGGAUCUCCAAUUGUGGUGGCACAAAACCAGAAGUUUACAGCUUCAAUGGUGAAUAGAGUUUCUUAUAGAGAUAGCAAGGAAUCAUCAACAGACAAGGAACUGAUUUCAGAUACGACUAUUCAGGUCACUUUGGAGAUUCCUGAUGCUGUUAGUAUUAUUCCGAAGUCAGCGAUCGAAGGAACUGGAAGUAAUGUACUAGCGCAGGUUUUGAAAGUUAUGAUUCCUCGAUUUCUAGCACAGCUUGGAAAAGAUUAUAAUGCCUGGGCAACCGGAGAUGCCUCUCGCAAGCCCCUUGGAACUGGCGAGCUUUAAAGCAUACCUCUGAAUUUUCUCUAUACAGAUGUUACGACCUCCCACCCUUCUGUUGUAUAUUGUGAGGACAUUUCUUAAUGAUCUGAAAGUAGGUGGUCUCACUUGUACAGUGUAACUAGCAUUGGGGUUCCUAAAUAUCUUAGGAUUUACCUUAUUACCUAGGAAACCUACUGCAGUUUUGCAAUUCAUUUCCCGUUAUUCUUGUUCAUCAGAUAUAGCAGCUAUAUUUGUGAAACUUUCAGGUAAGAUGAUCAUCAAAUAAAUAGCAGGUAUGAGCUAGUUGGCCAUUCAAUGUCUCUACAGAACCUCAAUGCAAUUUAAAAGCUC